UAUACGUUUCAUCAUACAUCAUACACAGGGAGACAUGGCCGAGCUUAUAAGGAAAUCCUUCUCCUCCUUGGUUCUUCUGUGGACGAUUGGAUUCGCAGCCGUCUUGUUUUAUGCACAUCUCUCUAUGCGCGAGGAUGUGAUGAGACACGCCGCCGUUCACAUCCAGCCUCAUCUGAACACCGAAAUCCAAGGCACCGAAGAUAUCUCCAGUAGAGAAAGUCUACCAAGGUCCUCCGCGACCCAAGACCCCGUGUCCUGCAAAUGUCGGUUGGGAAGCCUAAAGUUCCGUAUGUUUUAUGAAUCGGAGCUGUCUGUGCCGCUCCCCGAUCUGAACAUCACGUCGAAGGAGCUGCUGACGAGGACGCACCCCAAUUUGCCAGCUGAGAUGUUUGAGAACCUCGAUACCAAGCGGUGCCAUUUAGUCCCGUCGUUUAGUAGGAUAGGAUGGUCCAGUAGCUAUUACCAACUCGCGGAAGCUGCCAAAAGUACCCAGUUCCUCCUCUAUUCCGCUUUCUUGGAUAACCGCCCUGCUACCGACGUGCGACCCUGUAUCCGUAUCCUGGCGUUCAGCAAGGACACGAAUCCUGCGGUUCCUUGGUGCCACAUCUGGUUCAACACAACGGGGCCGCCUGCCGUCUCGCGUGUCAUGAGAAUCGAUUACCUGGACUGGCAACCUAGGUCACACGAUCGCCACAUGACCUUCCUGCUCACGUGUCGAAUCCCGAAGGCCAACUCUCACCUCACGCCCGUGGCCGUGUCCAUUGUGAGUCGCCCGUGUGCGAAGUACAUUAUCAACAUGCUGAAGGUAAUUGGGUCUAUGGAACGCAACGCUUCAACAGCUUUGGUUAAACCAAUCAAGAACGAAAAAAGCUCCCCCGUGUGGAACGCGGCGGUGUGCGGUCCGGCGCUCUCCUACUACCACGAGGACGUGUCCAUCCGGCUGGUUGAGUGGCUGGAGCUCCUGAGGGCUUCGGGCUUCGCCAGGGUGUUCCUGUACGAGACGGACGUCCACCCCAACAUCCAGAAGGUCCUGCGGUACUACGAGGCCGAGGGAUUCGUUGGCGUCACUAAGUUCGCGUAUCCUGGACCGUAUUCGAGCGACCCCAUCAUUCACAAGCUUUGGGCGUUUAUAGAACAUUCGAAAGUUCUGGGCAUGGAGAACCUGUACUUCACCGACUGCGUCCUCCGCCACAUGCACGAGUACCGGUUCCUCGCCCGUCUCAACCUCGACGAAAUGCCGAUGUUGCCAAACCACGACUCCUUCCCGCUCUGGCUCAACGACCAAUUGCUACAAAAUUCGAAUCGAAAUGGGUCGGGCGAGAACCUCCCGCCGUCGUAUGACCUGCGUUGGUAUUAUCACCACGGCGACCUAGAGACUCCGGCCUCCAGCGCUUCUCUUCCUGAAUAUCUGAAGUUUCUGCGUCAGUCUAAGAGGACAGUGAUGGACAUUUACCCAACAAACUACAACCCGACGUAUGACAUGGAUCUCGUAACCGGCGUCUUCUCGAAUGACGUUGCUGUUUGUGCCAGUGGAAAGUGCCGGAGAGAGUCCUUCCAGUGCCCGAGGGACGUGGCCUACCUCGGCCUCUUCGCCAAGAACUGCGGAGAAGCCUGCAGGAAGCCCGGUUCGACGGUGGAGGUCUCGGCUCUCCUGAAGUACAAGGACCAAGUCUCCAGUGCCGUUGCCAAAGUCAUAAGGGACCUGCGUCUCUAAAAUCCGUUGUUGGCCUUCCCCAAUUGUAGUUUGCAUCAUAGGGAUGAGAGUAAAGGAGAGUGGUAACUACGAGAGGGAAAGGAGGGUGAGGGAGAGUGGUAAUUAAGAUGGAUACUCGUAGGCAGAAGUGAUACGCGUGUAUGGAUGCACUCUUUAUUUCUCAAGAGUUGACACACAAGUUAAAUGGAACACGAUACGAGACGUAGGCGCUGGUGAUACCCGCGGCCUCAAGCCCUAGCAAGGGCGCAGCCGCGGGAGGGUGAGCGGUCCGGUCAGCAGGUUAGUUUCCGUCUCGGUGGGAACUGGGCGAGUGAGCGGCCAGCCCGCCCUGGCGAGACAGGGACAUGGUCUGAGUGAAUGAGAGUGCACUUCUUAUAGGCCUGGGUCGCGACCCAGGUUGGCUUGGGUUAUGUUUACGUGCAGGCGGACCAACGCGCGAACCAUGCAUUCUCAAGCGUGGCGUGGGUUCGCACGGCGGGUACCCUCGCGCACACACCACGUGGUAUGCUAUAGAGGGAUCCCCUGAGGAUAGGAGGACAUAAAAAGAAUACUCACAACGUAUGUCGCUAUGCCGUAAAAGGCGACUGUAAGGACGCUUACCAACCCGCACUGGGCCAGCGUGGUAGGGACUUGGCCUUUUUCAUCUGUGUGCCACCUUACACCCCCUCUCCAUCCCUCUCUAUCUAUCUAUCUCCCUCUUUCUCUCUCCCUUUUUCUC